UAAGCCUCGGUUGGACGUUUCGAUCUGUAGGAUGAAAUGUAGGACACCGGCAGCAGCGGCUACCGCGUCCCGCUGGAACACCGGACGGUUCCGGUACUUUGGGUUCGGCUCGCACCGGCACCUGCUCAGCGUUCGGGGAUGAGUGAGUGAUGACUCAACUUGACCCUCUGUGGAUGUUUACCCAGCAUGCUUUGCAUUGGAGGUGCUGAUACUUGCUGAAGAUGAGUAGUGGGGGUGAGAACACCCCAGAGCCUCCUCGGGGUGGAGAGUCUGUGAAGAGGAAGAGCUGUCCGUCAGACCUUCUGGAGCCCAGCCCAAAGAAGAGCACCGAGAGGAGGAACCGGGAGCAGGAGAACAAGUACAUCGAGGAGCUGGCUGAGCUGAUCUUCGCCAACAUUAAUGACAUGGACGACCUCAACGUCAAGCCCGACAAAUGCCCCAUCCUCAAAGAAACAGUGAAGCAGAUCAGGCAGAUCAAAGAGCAAGAGCAGACUCUGGGGGGUGGAGCUGACGAGGUGCAGAAGGCUGACGUCUCGUCCACCGCACAGGCCGUCAUUGAUAAAGGCUCUCUUGGACCCAUGAUGCUGGAGGCCCUGGAUGGUUUCUUCUUUGUGGUCAACAUGGAGGGCAACAUCGUGUUUGUGUCGGAGAACGUCAGUCAGUAUCUGCGCUACCAGCAGGAGGAGCUGAUGAGUACGAGUGUCUACAGCGUGCUCCACGUUGGAGACCAUGCAGAGUUCAUCAGGAACCUCCUGCCCAAGAGUCUGGUCAAUCAUCGGAGCAGCAGGAACAGCCACACAUUUAACUGUCGUAUGUUGGUUAACCCUCACGCCGACGGCAAAGCCCAGCCCGCCAACAACCAGCAGGAGGCGCUGCAGCAGAAGUACGAGACCAUGCAGUGUUUCGCCAUCUCACAACCCAAGUCUGUGAAGGAAGAGGGCGAAGAUUUCCAGUCUUGUCUGAUCUGCGUGGCGAGGAGGGUUCUGGUCAAAAAGCAGCCCAUAACGCACACACAUGAGAGCUUCACCACGCGACAGGACCUCCAAGGUAAGAUCACAUCUCUGGACACCAGUCUGCUACAAGCAUCCCUGAAGCCGGGCUGGGAGGACCUGGUUCGCCACUGCAUCAAAAGGUUCCACAUGCAGAAAGAUGGGGAAAUAUCCUUGGCCAAGAAACACCAACAGGAUGUUUUGGGACACGGCCAUGCACUCAGCCCUCUGUACCGCUUCACUCUGUCAGACGGUACGGCCGUCUCGGCUCACACUAAAAGCAAACUGGUCCGGUGUUCGUCCACCAAUGAGCCGCAGCUCUACAUGUCGUUACACAUCCUGCAGAGGGAGCAGAACACUGGUGGUAUGAACCCAGAUAUGCCUGACAGUCAGUGCAUUGCUAAGCCAAUUAGCGUGCACCCCAUGUCCCCGCCCACUGCAUGUGUUCCUGUACUUUCCCCUGAUGUUUGUGUUAGCAGCAACACUCCCCGCCCCAUGUCAGCCGCCAACACCCCUGCAAGUAGUUUUGGGUACAAGAGUGCCCUACCGAGCCAAGCACCCGCACCUCAGGAAAACAUCCACGGACUCAAGCAGGCCAGUCCUGCAGCCCUUGGAAGCCCCAGCAUCACCUCAGGGGUCCUAGACCCUAUUUUGUCUCCAUGUCACUGUCAGAGCCCCAGCAUGGUGGCGAACAGCAGUAGUAGCCCUCACCUGCCUCAACAUUUUUCUCCUACAGCAGGUCUUCACUCACCAUCAUCUGCAUGCAGCAGCACAGGAAGUGGACUAGGGUUCAGCAACAACGCCCUCAGUGCUCUUCAGGCCCUCAACCAGGGCCGCAGAGCUUCUCACGGACUCACCAUCGAACAGAAUCCAGAGUCUCCUGACAGAAACCUGGUCAGCCUUCACAGUCACAGCAGCUCCAGUAACCAGUUGGCCAAACACAAACCCAACACAGAGACAGGCCUAUUUGGGACUUUUGGGGACCGCGAAAGCCUGUUGCCAUUUCAGAACCUGGGAGGCGAAGACGAAUAUGGUUUCACUGAGAGCCUUGAAGCUAAUGAAGGGGCGGGGGAGCUCAGCAUGGCACCAAACCACCUUUUGAAUAACAAAGGCCACACCAAGCUGCUUCAGCUCCUCACCACCGAGUCUGAAAUUCCCCAACCGUGCUCGCCGCACGACCCCUCAGGAAAUGAACAGAAUGCUAAAGACGACAUCAGUGGGACUCUGGGUGUGUGUCUUAAUAACAGCCACUCCACCUUGUUAAAGGAGAAACACAAGAUCCUCCACAGGUUACUCCAGAACAGCGCCUCACCUGUUGAGUUGGCUAAGAUAACAGCAGAAGCUACUGGCAAAGAUUCGUUUGGUUCAGAGUCUGCAACGGGGGACGCCACGGGCGUCUUGGGUGAAAUCAACACCAAACAGGAGACGAGCAGUUCCAAAAAGAAGGGCAAUGCAUUGCUUCGUUAUCUGCUGGAUAGGGAUGAUAACAGCAUCCUGGAGAAAGGUGUUAAAUUGGAACCUGGUGACAGCCUCACGCCGUCCUGCAUAAAAGCUGAGAAGCAAGAAGUGGGAGUCAACCUGUCAGACCGGGUCAGUGAUCAGACCAGUGAGCUGGACGACCUGCUGGACAACCUGCAGAAAGGCACUCAGCACUCGUUGUUCCCGGACCAGCCGCCAUCCAAAGGGAUGGCCCCCUUGUCCGCGUCCACCUCGAUGCCGCCGUCGUCCCCCGUGGAAAAACAGACCCUCGCUGGUGACUUCCUCCAGAUGACUGACAGCAGCAGCGGCAGCCCCCCGACCCAGCCCAGGACCUUUAUUACCGUCGGUUCUUCAAACUUCCACGUUGCCAGAUUGGGACAGCAAAGCCAAGCUGCUCCUCCGGUCAGGAGUCUGUCUCUGGACAGCAGUGCGGGCACUAACCCCAGCACCCCCAGACCCUUCCUGUCAUCACACAGGAACAACAGCCCAUUCUCGUUGCUGCAGCAAGGCAUAAUGGCAAUUCACACAGGCAUGACCAACCAGACAGCAAUGGCCAGUGCAGGUAUGCCAAGUGGUAUGUUAGCCCGGAGUUCUGUUCAGCAGGGCUGGAGCCCUCAGGGGCCUUUAGGGGGCACUCCAGGGAUACCAAUGAACCAAGGGAUUGGACCUGGUCGGAUGAUUCCAAAUAUGAACACUGUACCAUCCACGAGAGUCAGCAGUCAGCCUGGAUCCAGACCUAUGGGCAGUGAGGUAGAGAUGGUAAACCCCGCCUACACUCAGCAACAAGCACCGCCUAGUCAAUCUGCUCCAUGGCCAGAUCGAAUGAUGACUAUGGAUCACUACGGAAACCAAAACAGGCUGCCGCACAUCGUCCCGCAGGAGGACGGGGUAGGUUACUGUGGUUUGGGGCAUGAUGGACAACCAGAUGAAGGAGCUCUGAUGAACCAGCUGUGCUCGGUGCUGAUGGACUUUGAGGGUCUGGAGGAGAUCGAUAAGAUGUUAGGAAUCCCCACACUGGCUGGACAGGACCCUCUGUCAGACCAGAACCAGUACCUCAGCUCCUCUGACCCAACGGCUGGUAUUCACCCUCCCCACUAUAGCCAGCACUACCCUGGACAGUCCGGCUACGGAGGCUUGUCUCUGGAUACUGGCUUCCAUAACCACGUGGAGCCUCAGCGAAUGCCUCCCAGCUACCCUCCUAUGAUGAGGAUGCCUGGAGGACUGGGGUCUCGACCUAGCGGAAUGAGGCCAGUGAGUUCCAUUCCAGUAGUUCCCUCUCAGCCCAACAACCUGAGGCUCCAGCUGCAGCACAGGCUCCAGGCUCAGGUGAGCCGUCAGCCAGUGAUUGGCCAGAUGAGCAGCGUGUCCAACAUGAAUCUACCCCUCAGGUCUAACGUACCAAACCAGCGAACCCUGAAUGCCCAGAUGCUGGCCCAGCGUCAGCGCGAGUACCUCAGCAACCACAUUCGCCAACGCCAGCAGCAGCAACAAGCGCAGCAGCAACAAGCGCACCAGCAACGUCCCAUGAUACUACGUACUCAAGACCUCAGUGUACCCAGUGGGGGCCCCGCCCCAAUGCCUGCAUCAGUGGGCGGGGCUAACCUUCGUUUCUUACAGGGCAGCCAUCAUCAAUUCCCUUACCCGGUGUCCAGCUACGGUACCGGCCUGUCCCCUCCAUCUCCUCCCCAUCCUCCUCAUUUCAGCUCCUCCAGCCCUUUCUCCUCCCCUGUGUCCCCCGGUCCUCAUCUGGCUAGCCAGGGCAUGAUGGGAAAUGUAGAUGGGCAGUACAGCGGGGUAAUCAGUCCACCAUCACAGCACAGUGCCUUCCAGUUCACCUGUUCAGGAGUGAACCAGCAGGAUCCAGCAUCAGGUUUUCCAUGUGGGGCUGCAGUCUCCCCAAGCUCCCUGUUGUCCCCCAGGAUGGCUCAGAGUCACAAUCCCAUCCUGCCACAGAACCAGAGCCAAAUCCAAGCUCAGGGACAAAACCAGGCUCCCUCCAGCUACCAGCUAAGCACCGACCUCAAUGGGUGGCCCCAACAUUCCAACAUGUCCUCCAGUAAUGGCGUUUACCCCCAGCAGUCACCGUACUCCACACAAGCCAGCGCAGGAAUGUACCAUGGCGGCAGUGUGAACCCAAGAGUCGCUCUGAGCGCCGGCUCUGGCAGCCUGAACCAGAUGUCCGCACAGAUGGGCGCUGUGAUGCCGGAGCAGGUGAGCGACAGCAGCCUCAUCCUGGAACAGUUGACAGGAAGUAACAUGUUGACACAGGAUGAUGAAGCUAAUUCUAAUUACUGCUGACCCUGGCUGUGUCUGAGUCUUCAUCACCGAACCGACACACUGAGGUAUGAUCUGCUCUACGGUCAAGGAUUGGAAAAUGUCAUGGACACCGAAACAUGCUACACUGUGGCCUCAUCCACACUGGUUUUAAGAAUUAAUGCAAAAACUGAAUUUACAGGAAAACUGCAACCUGAACCAUCCUGACAGCUAAAGAACGAAUGACGGAAAACCAAAGCAGCGCAAAUCUGAUGAUUUACACUUGCCACUGUUGAAAAAAAGAAAAGGUUUUGUGGGUUUGAACAACACUUGGCUGCACAAUAACUUUGUAAAGAUGAAGACGAGUGGCUUCUGUAAGUAGGGGGUUGAUUUUAAGUUACACUGUAAUUAUCAGGAACAAAUAAGCUCAUUGUCAGGGAGUUUAACGGAUGCUGACAGCCUCAUCGAAAACUUUUUCUUUUUAAAUUUAUUUUGAAGAACCUUUUGACUUCACAAUUAAAAAUUAAUAACUUUAUGGACCUGACCUUGACAGUUUAUAGUGCGCAGGCUAAAGCACACAGUCCAUUUUGGGUGUGUCCAACUCUUUAUUUAUUACACGGUACGUCAUCUGAGCGCAAAGUAAGGUGCGGGGUCCCGACCACUCUGGAGGUUUCCCACCAGCAAACUCACAGAGGACUAAAUAAUGAAAGUUUUUGUAUUUUUUCCAUUAGUUUUUACUUUUAUUUCCUUCAAAAUAUUAUAUUGUGAUCAACCAUUUUCUUAUAAAUAUUAUAUAUUCAGCAGCAUUUAAUUACUUAAAACAUUUUUAAGGUAUUUACCUACUAAAUAAAAGUAAGCCUAAUGAGAGGGUAAGCCAAAGAAAAAUAAGUUAAAAUGUAAAUACCUAAAUUUAAAAAUAAAGAAAACUAAAAAAAAUACACAGAAAUAAUAAUAAUAAUAAUAAAUUAGAAAAUGGGGUGGGGGACACAUCAGCCAUGAGAAAAUGACUGAAGAGUUGAAGAACACUGAAAAUGCCUUUGGAAAAAAAAAAAUAUAUAUAUAUAUAAUAUUGUUCUUUGAG